AUGGGAGCGAAGGUGGAUGGUCGGCAGCUAUACCUUUUGCGCUUUGCUGAUGACAUCGUUCUAACAACACCUAGCAUCAGUCAAGCGGAAGGAAUGCUGACCGAAUUCGACGAAACAUGUGGAUGUAUCGGUUUUCAGCUGAACCUGAACAAGACGAUGUUCAUAAGGAAAGGAUGGGUUUCUGAUGCCCCAUUCACGCUCAGUGGAACGAAUAUAUCCGAGUGCACUAGCAAUGUACAUCUAAGUCAGGAAAUUAACAUGAUGAACGACCUGAACACCGAGCUGGGCAGGAGGAAACGAGCGGCUUGGAGAGCGUAUAAGAGCAUCGAGGAUGUAGUGUAG